UUCCUGCUCUUGCUCGUGUGCCUCGCGUGCGCGUUCGUGCUCGGGUUGGUGAUCAAGCACUUUAAGAUCACCUUCCUCCACGAGGCUGGCGCGGCGCUGCUGAUGGGCAUGGGCGUCGGGCUCGCGCUGUGGGCGGCGAACACGAGCGGCAGCGUCACCGAGUGGGUCGACUUCAACGAGGAGAUCUUCUUCUUCCUGCUCCUGCCGCCCAUCAUCUUCGAGAGCGGGUUCUCGCUGAGCACGCGCGAUUUCUUCAACAACUUCGGGGGCAUCUGCGCGCUCGCCUUCGGCGGGACGCUCAUCUCCACCGCGGUCAUCGGCCUGUGCGUGUGGAUCUUCGGCGCGAUCGGGUUGAUCACGUACCUCCCGUUCCUGCACUCGCUCGUGUUCGGCGCGCUCGUGUCCGCCACCGAUCCCGUCACCGUCCUCGCGUUGUUUCAAGAGCUCGGCGUCAACAUCGAUCUGUACUCGCUCGUGUUCGGGGAGUCGGUUUUAAACGACGCGGUCGCGAUCGUGACGUACCGCGCGCUGAUCAACUUCCACCAGGACGGCGUGUCGUUCGUGUCGCUGAUCACCGCGAUCGCGUUCUUCGGGUACAUAUUCGUCGGGAGCGUUCUCGUGGGGACGUUUUUCGCCGUCGCGACGACGAUAUUUUUCAAGCUCAUCGGCGGGCCUCUGCUCGCGUCGCACACGCACAUCGAGGCGUCGCUGGUAAUGAUCGCGCCGUACUGCGCGUACACCGCCGCGGAGUCGGUGAGUUUGUCCGGGAUCGUCGCGAUUCUGUUCUGCGGGAUCGUCAUGGCGCACUACACGCGUCCGAACCUGUCGCCAGAGUCGCAAAAGAACACGAAGGAAAUUUUCAAGACGCUCGCGACGCUCGCGGAGACGUUCGUGUUCAUAUACAUGGGCGUCGCGAUGUUCUUAGAGAACCAGGCGUGGAAGUCGAUACCGUUCGCGAUCGUCGCGCUGUUGGCGUGCAUGGGAGGGAGAGCGUGUAACAUUUUCCCGUUGACGAAGAAGAUAAACGCGUGGAGGUCGCCCGGGAGACAGAUACCGGAAAACCACGUCCACAUGUUAUGGAUCUGCGGGUUACGAGGCGCGAUCGCGUUCGCGCUCGCGUCGAGCACGAUCCGCGACCUGGGCGUGGAAUCCGGGAGGGUGAUACGGACCGCGACGCUGAUGAUCAUCAUCUUCACGGUGCUGACGAUCGGAGGCGCGUGCAGCUAUCUCGUGGACAGGUUGGAUCUG